AUGGGCCCGCGAGCCGGGCGCGCGCUGCUCCUGCUGCUCGGGGCGCUUGGCGUGUGGACCACAGCCGCGCAGGGCCGGGCUCGGCCCCACGCCCUGCGCUACCUUUUCAUGGGCGCCUCCGAGCCGGACCUGGGGCUGCCCCUGUUUGAGGCCUUGGGCUACGUGGACGACCAGCUCUUCGUGUCCUACGACCACGAGAGUCGCCGAGCAGAGCCCCGAGCCCCAUGGGCCUGGGGUCAGGCCGCUGGGCCGCUGUGGCUGCUGCUGAGUCAGAGUCUGAAAGGCUGGGACCACAUGUUCACGGUCGACUUCUGGACCAUCAUGGACAACCUCAACCACAGCAAGGCCACGAAGGUGGGGGUGCCACCAGAGUCCCACACCCUGCAGGUGACCCUGGGCUGCUGGGUGCUUGAGGACAACAGCACCAGGGGCUUCUGGAAAUAUGGCUACGACGGGGAGGACCACCUUGAGUUCUGCCCCGAGACGCUGACCUGGACGGCAGCGGUGCCGGAGGCCCGGGGCACCAAGCUGGAGUGGGAAGUGAGCAAGAUCCGGGCCCGGCAGAACAGGGCCUUCCUGGAGAGGGACUGCCCGGAGCAGCUGCAGCGGCUGCUGGCUCUGGGGGCGGGGCUCCUGGGCCGGCGAGGGCCGCCAUCGGUGACGGUGACUCGUCACGUGGCCUCCGCCGUGACCACUCUUCAGUGUCGGGCUCUGAACUUCCACUCCCGCAACAUCACCGUGAGGUGGCUGAAGGACGGGCAGCCACUGGGCGCCCAGGACGUGGAGGCGGACGUGCUGCCCAACGGGGACGGGACCUACCAGGGCCGGGCGGCCGUGCCGGUGUCCCCAGGGGAGGAGCGGAGGUACACCUGCCAGGCGGAGCACCCAGGCCUGGAGCAGCCCCUCGCUGCCACCUGGGAGCCCGCGAUGCCUGGGCCUCUGGUCAUUGGAGUCAUCAGCGGGGUUGCCAUCGGCGUCAUUGUCGUCGUCACUGGAAUUCUGUUCAGAGUCCUACGGAAAAGGCAGGCUUCCCGAGCAGCCUUAGGGGACUACGUCCUCGCCGACUGCCAGUGAAGGAAGCCCACAGCCCCCGCGGGGAAGGAGACAGGCCAAGGCUCGGGCGCUGGCGAAGUGCGCGGUGUUUGAGGACAGAGGUGCACCCAACGGAUAGGAGCUGGCCCACGGACUC